UUCUUGCCUCUCACAGCUGUGAAGAUGAGAUAACCGAGCUACUACUUCAAGAAGCUUCCUUUGCAGCCAAGAGUCAAACUGUACUUGUGCUGCAUGGCAGCUGUCAACUUCCUCAUCUUCAUAGAAGAGAGUGAGAAGAGGAUGAUGAGCUGAAUUUACAGUCGGACGCUUUUUUUUUUUUUUUUUUUUUUGCACAUCUGUUUUUUUGUUAAACUUUUAGAGUCAGAGUAGAGUGUGACUCUGCCAACUCCUGAGCAGGGGAUGAACAUGCUGUCAAACACAGCUGCCCAGGGGCAGUCUUUACCUCUCUGUGGCCACGGGUCUGUGCAUGAUCUACCCCACUGCCCUCCAGGGUUUGCUUUAAACUCCCGCCUGAAUGCUGCACCGCUCCUCAGCCUGCAGAAUGGCCCAAGAGCAGCCAAACCCCAGAAGGAGCUAAGUCCAGAGGAGCAGCAGGAGUUGAGGAGGAAGAUCAACAGCAGAGAGAGGAAGAGGAUGCAGGACUUGAACAUCGCAAUGGAUGCCCUGAGGGAAGUCAUGGUGCCUUAUGCUUCCUCUUCCUCCUCUCCCUCUCAGUCACAUGCGCCGGGGGCUCCUCCAGGCCGGAGGCUCUCCAAAAUCUCCACCCUGGUUCUGGCCAGGAACUACAUCCUCCUUCUAGGUUCAUCUUUGCAGGAGAUGCGGCGGCUGCUGGGGGAGGUAAGCAUCGGGAUGGGGGUGAGCACUGGGCCGGUCCCCCGGCUGCUGUUUGCUGGGGGGUGGCCCCUAAUCACCGGUCCCGGACAGCUCCUACUGACUCAUGAACCCCUCCUAUCAGCCGCCUCUUCUUCUUCCUCUUCUUCUUCUGCCGGGUCACCAUCCUCCACAACAGCUAAAUGUGCUCCGGUUCCUUCGGGCCCCAUGGAGGCCUCGCUGGCCCCAGUGCAGUGGAGCUCUGUGGGGGCUCCAGGUGUUGCUCCCUGUCCCUGUGGAGUCUGUAGACUGCCCAGAUUCAACCACACCAAACCUGCACCCAGGUUCCCAAAGUGAAGACCCAAACCGAAGAGGUUGAUGAAGAAUGGAGCUUUGUGCACAGAUACAAGAUUUUAUAGGAAUUAGUAUUUUUCUAACAUUUUAACUUCUUCAUAAAAUGUUGCUACACAACCUAUGAUUAUAUGCUAAUUUCAUCUAAGCAUCUGUAUUUAGUCAAACAUUUUUGGU